UCAAAACAAUAAUUUUCAUCCCCAUCCCCUUCCCCCUUCCUCCUUCCUCUUCCCCUUUUCCUUCUCCUUCCUCUCACACUGUCUCUUCAUUAUUUGUCUCAAUCUCCUAAAACCAUGACUUACAACAGAGAUGAAGAAUCUCCUUCACCAACUCCGAAAAAGCCCAAAAGAAACAAAUACGCUUUCAUGUGUGCAAUUUUAGCUUCCAUGGCUUCCAUAUUACUCGGCUACGAUGUUGGAGUAAUGAGUGGAGCUGCGAUUUACAUCAAAAAAGAUUUUCAAAUCAACGAUGUUCAGGAGGAAGUUAUGAUCGGCGUCAUCAAUCUAUAUGCUCUUAUAGGCGCCGCCGCUGCUGGAAGAACCUCCGACUGGAUUGGCCGCCGUUACACUAUGGUGCUUGCUGGUGUUAUCUUUUUCCUUGGAGCUAUUCUCAUGGGGUUCGCUACCAACUAUGAGUUCCUCAUGUUUGGCCGUUUUGUCGCUGGCAUCGGCGUUGGAUAUGCCCUCAUGAUCUCCCCUGUCUACACGGCCGAGGUCUCUCCGGCCUCCUCUCGCGGCUUCCUCACCUCAUUUCCUGAGGUGUUCAUAAAUUUCGGAGUAUUAUUGGGAUACAUUUCAAAUUUCUUCUUCUCAAAGCUCCCACUUCAUCUGGGCUGGCGAUUCAUGCUCGGAAUCGGCGUAUUCCCUUCAAUAUUCCUGGCCGUCGUGGUUUUAGUGAUGCCAGAAUCCCCUCGUUGGCUAGUAAUGCAAGGCCAAGUCGGAAAAGCUAAAAAAGUCCUCGACAAAACCUCCGAUUCCAUCCAAGAAUCUGAACAAAGACUCGCCGACAUCAAAUCCGCCGCCAAAAUCCCCCUCGAUUCCACCGCCGACGUCGUUACCAUCCCAAAACAGGCCACCCACGGCAAAGACGUUUGGAAAGACCUCUUCCUCCACCCAACUCCCUCCGUCCGCCACGUCUUAAUCGCUGCCGUCGGACUCCAUUUCUUCCAACAAGCCUCCGGCAUCGACUCUGUGGUUCUCUACAGCCCAAGAAUCUUCGAAAACGCCGGAAUAAAAUCGGAUUCCGAAAAGCUCCUGGCGACGGUCGCAGUUGGAUUCUCAAAAACCGUGUUCAUCCUAGUGGCGACAUUCCUUCUGGACCGCGUGGGACGAAGGCCGUUGCUUCUCACAAGUGUAGCCGGGAAGAUGGUAUCGCUUGUGACGUUGGGAUUGGGGUUAACGGUAAUUGAACAACACGAAGACGUGAAGCUGACGUGGGCAGUAGGGUUGUGUAUUGCAAUGGUGUUGUGUGACGUGGCGUUUUUUUCUAUUGGAAUGGGACCCAUCGCGUGGGUUUAUAGUUCGGAGAUAUUUCCUUUGAAGCUAAGGGCUCAAGGGGCGAGUGUUGGAGUGAUUGUGAAUCGAGUUACGAGUGGGGUUAUUACGAUGACGUUUUUGUCCCUCACCAAGGCUAUUACUAUCGGUGGAGCGUUUUUCCUCUACGCUGGAAUUGCUGCCAUUUCCUUGGUGUUUUUCUACGUUGUUUUUCCCGAGACGCAAGGGAAGACCUUGGAAGACAUGGAGGGGCUUUUUGGUAAUUUGCUAUGGAAGUUUUCCAAACACAGGCACUUUCACAAAAACGACGUCGGAGAUGUCGCUCAGCUCCAAUUACACACAAAUGCCUAAAUUAUUUUUUACUAAUAUAAAAAUAAAUCAAAUAAAGAACUAUUCAACACUCUAUAUACUAUUUAGUACAUAAAUCUUCAAAUAAAAAUUUGAAAACAACCCAUUAAUUAAAUGAUGCUUCAGUUACAUUUCA